AUGAGGAACUGGACCAAGGAGGAGUUCGUGCACAUCCUCCGCCGCCAGAGCACGGGGUUCGCCAGGGGGAGCUCCAAGUACCGCGGCGUCACGCUCCACAAGUGCGGCCGCUGGGAGGCAAGGAUGGGCCAGCUGCUCGGCAAGAAGUACAUAUAUCUUGGCCUCUUUGACAGCGAAGUUGAAGCUGCAAGGGCGUACGACAGGGCGGCGAUUCGCUUCAAUGGGAGGGAAGCUGUGACUAACUUUGAGAGCAGCUCCUACAAUGGGGAUGCUCCACCCGACGCCGAAAAUGAGGCAAUUGUUGAUGCUGAUGCUCUUGACUUGGAUCUUCGGAUGUCGCAACCUACCGCGCACGAUCCCAAGCGGGACAACAUCGUCGCCGGCCUUCAGUUAACUUUUGAUUCCCCUGAAUCGUCAACCACAAUGCUCUCUUCUCAGCCAAUGAGCUCAUCUUCUUCCCAGUGGCCUGUGCAUCAACAUGGCACGGCAGUACCACCUCAGCAGCACCAGCGUUUGUACCCAUCUGCUUGUCAUGGCUUCUACCCGAACGUACAGUCUCAGGUGCAGGUGCAGGAGAGGCCGAUGGAGGCAAGGCCCCCUGAGCCGCCGUCGUGCUUCCCCGGCUGGGGGUGGCAAGCGCAAGCCACGCCGCCGGGCUCCUCCCACUCGCCGUUGCUUUACGCUGCAGCAUCAUCAGGAUUCUCUACCGCCGCCGGCGCGCACCCCGCCCCGCCGCCGCCGUCGUACCCGGAUCACCACCGGUUCUACUUCCCCCGCCCGCCGGACAACUAG